CCAAGCUCCAUUGUAGUAGUAGACUUCAAGCCAAAACGAUGUUAUAAAGCCCCCAUAUCAUAACUUAAGAACGGUUGGCAAGCAAGCAUUUCAGACUAAUUCAAGAACUGAUUUAGGGAUGGGUGGUGAAGGAGUCUGUGAUGUUGAUAACGCAAUUUAUGUCGCAGUCGGGAAGAAUUUGAAGGAGGGCAAAUCAGUACUUUCUUGGGCUCUGAACAACUUUGCUGGGACUGGGAGGAGAAUUUGCCUUCUUCAUGUUCAUCAGCCUACUCAAUUACUCUCUACUCUGGAUGGAAAGCUCUUGAACACCAAACUGAAACAGGUAGUAGUGACGACUUGCCAGGAACUCGAACGACAGAGGAUGAACAAACUCAUGAAUCAGUACCUUCUCUUUCUAUGCCAAGCAGGGAUACCGGGAGACAAGGUCUGCCUUGAAAUGAAUGUUGUUGAGAAAGGAAUUGUCCAAGUAGUUUGUGAAUAUAAUAUUAGAUGGCUAGUCAUGGGAGCAGCAGCAGUGAAGUACUACUCAAAAUUGCAGGAAACUAUUGGCGCUCAAGUCUAAUAAGGCUAUAUUUGUGUGCCAACAUGCACCUCUCUCCUGUCAUAUUUGGUUUGUUUGCAGCGGAUGCUUAAUUUAUACAAGGUAUAGUUGUGUUAU